CCCAUUUUGUGGCUCAGUGCUGUCGCAUGUCACUGCUCCCUCUCGACCUCUCUUUCAUAUCCUUGCCGCAGCAGCCAAUUGUCCACCAUUCCCGCAGCAUGCGAGCUGCGAACUGCCGCGACGAUAUCUCCAACUCCAGUAUCGCAAGACAUCAUUUAUCCCGUUGUCGUGGACUUUUGCCUCUGAUUACAUAGUAGGCAGAGGAAGGAUUCAGCGCUUGCACUCUUUUUAACAAUUGAUUGAAGCUAUGGGAUCCUGAUUAGAGCCUGUCGCAAUUAUACAGGACCGCCGAAUCCAUCCUCUAAACAAGCCGUUCGCAGCGAGCUGUCAUCAUGAACCUUCGCAAUGGUGAAGGCACUCAUCGAAAAAUCGACACCGAUGCUUCCCUGGUGCUGGUUGGCAUCCGGGGGUGCGGGAAGCGCUCCUUGGGCUUUGUGGCCGCUACUGCGUUGAAGCGACGCUUCAUCACCGAGGACCACUACUUCAGAGAGGUUACAGGGCAAACGCGACAAGAGUAUCUCAAACUUCACGGGAGCCAGGAAUUCCAGCGUCGCGAUAUCGAAGUUCUGAAAACGAUGCUCGACAAACAUCGGAAACACUGCGUUAUCGAGUGUGGUUUGGGCAGUCUCACUCGACCCGUCCAAGAACAUCUUCGUCUAUACUGUGCGACAAAUCCGGUUGUGUAUUUGGUCCGUGACAUUCGCCAUAUCCAGGACCUGCUGGGAUUGGAGGAUCAGUCUGUUCGGUUACUCCGCGAAGGUGAUUCGUUACAUCGAACAUGCUCCAAUUUCGAGUUCUACAAUAUCGAAGAUCGUUCGAGCAUAGCAGCUCAAUCUGACGAAGGGUCGCCCGAUCGACGUUCUGCGAAUUAUUCCUUCAAACUCAAGGAAGCCAAGGAAGACUUCACCCGCUUUGUCCACUUGGUCACCGGUGCCAAUGCGAACCAUUCAAGCUACGAUUCGCCCUUUGUCCUGCUCGAAACGCCUCCGGAGCUUAGGUCCUACACCCAUGCUAUAUUUAUUCGUUUGUCUGAUCUGAUUGAGGAGGUCAUCGAUCUUGCUGAACUUGAGUCCGGGGGAGAUGCCAUCGAGCUUUGCGUUGACCGCUGGGACCCAGACAUGGCAAACACCCUGAGCCAGCAAGUAUCCUUGCUUCGCAGAAAUGCCCGGACGCCUAUUCUUCUUUCUGUCGAUACGACGUCGUCUGGAAUUUCACAGAAUGAUGAUACAUCAGCAUACUUCGACAUAUUGGAACAUGGUCUGCGACUGGCGGUCGAAUAUCUGGCCGUAGAUGUGGGCCAAGACCAAUCGCAGGUGCGCAAUACAAUCCGCAACAGGGGAACAACCAAAAUUGUCGGCCAAUAUGUGUUUGAGCCGUCGUCGGAUGUGACAUGGGAGGAUGACGAAUGCCUUUCCCGCUAUCUGCAAGUCGAGCAACUCGAUUGCCAAUUGGUUCGCAUUCACCGUGUCGCAACAGAGCGCGAAGAUAAUGCCGCUGUAUUCAAAUUCAAAAACCGCGUCCAGUCGUUACCCGGGACGCAUCCGCCAUUGAUCGCUUACAAUAUCGGCCGCCUUGGACGCACCUCUCAGGUUUUCAAUUCGAUACUCACCUCCGUGACUCAUCCGGCGAUUAAACGAACUAUGAGCGACGAGCGGGAUCCUCAAAUCACAUCGCGAGACGCAGUGCAAGCGUUGUAUCAGAGCUACAUACUGGAUCCACUCCAGUUCUGCAUUCUCGGAGCCCACGUAGGGUAUAGUUUGUCUCCCGCUAUGCACAAUGCUGCCUUCCGCCAUUGCGGAAUGAACCACACUUACAGAAUCCCCGAGUCUCCUUCGCUGGCGGUAUUAGAGCGACUAGGACGGGAUCCUAAUUUCGGAGGCUCCAGUGUCGUCCAACCCUGGCGAGAGCAGGUGUACCAGAAGCUCGCCUCGAAAAGCCGACAUGCCGAAGCCAUCGGGGCCAUCAACACAGUCAUGCCACUCCGGGGUAGAGCUGACGGCACCAUGUUUCCGUUACAAGAGCAGGCGAGCCGUCGCAACCAAGCAGGCCCCGUACUGGGAUGGUAUGGAGAGAAUACAGACUGGGUGGGUAUUAUGACUUGCAUCAAUCGCAAUUUGUCUCCCCGGAACGCCAUCAGUCCGCUGAAAACAACGGGCCUGGUGAUUGGAGCGGGUGGUAUGGCCCGCUCUGCUAUCUACGCGAUGCUCCGGGUGGGAUGUCGGAAGAUCUUUAUCUACAAUCGGACCCUGUCGCGGGCAGAAGAGGUGGCCCGCCACUUCAACUCAUGGGCGUCAUCACAAUCCGAUUCACCGGACGUUGUACGGGUUCUACAGUCGACAGAGGAGGAAUGGCCAUCGGAUGCCUGUUCUCCAUGCUUGAUUGCGUCAUGCGUACCGGCCGAUCCAGAUAUGGGCGAACCCGCGAACUUUGAGAUGCCUACACAAUGGCUUGGGAGUCCAACCGGCGGAGUGAUAUUGGAGCUAGCAUACAAGCCGCUCAACACGCCACUCCUGCGACAAAUGCGUCGCAUCCGGAGUGAAACCGGACGCGCAUGGGUCUUGGUAGACGGACUCGAUAAUGUCUUAGAACAGGGUAUUGCGCAGUUCGAACUGAUGACCGGCCGGAAAGCACCGCGACGGCUGAUGACUUGGGAGGUACUCCGGAAUUACGUUGGCGAGAACGGGCCGUUUGACGAGAAGACUAUUCAGUCUCGAUUGGAUGGAGUGAUCUCUGGCAACGAUAUGUAAUAUAGAGACCUGUAUAUAGUUAGUUAGAAAAUAACAUGAUAACUACCAUGA